AUGCAAAAGGUGGUUUUUAUAUGUAUUUUUGCGAUCAUCUGCCAAACAGUAUUUACUGCUGGGUACGAUAGAACAUGGAUUUUACGCCAAAAACGAAUGACAAAUGAUGACGAAUGCCGAACUCUCCUCCCAAGCCCGGAAAAGAAAUUACCUUCAUGUUGUGAAAUGCCAAAUAUAUUACCCAAUUCGAACAGUACUUGGGAAAAAUGUUUUGAGACAUUCAAACAAUUCAAGGAUAAACCUGAAACAAAAGAAUAUAAGGAAAUGGCACAUGGAAAAGAGCCACCAUGUCUUUUUCAAUGUAUUUUCAUGCAAUCUGGAUUAACUACUAGUGAUGGAAAACUCAAUGAAGAUGCUGUCACAAAAAAAAUGAGCGAAGGAAUGAACAAUGAUGAAAAAUGGAAGUCUACAUGGCAGAAAUCUCUCAAUAAAUGCUUUGAUGAUGUCAAACAAGAAGAUAAAAAACAAAUUGUAAUCAUGAGUACUCCAGCAGGAAGAUUGAUGAAAUGUUUCUUAAGGGAUAUGUACAUGAGCUGCCCCAAAAAUGUAUGGGUUGAGAGCUCAGAAUGCUUGAACCUAAAGGAUUUGGUGCAAAAAUGUCCAGAAAUGCCCCCGCCAGUUUUCAAAUCACCACCUAAAUUAAUUUAA